AUGCCUGCAAGUGACCUUUUGGCCAAAGAGGAGCUAUACAAGCUGCUAAAUGCAAAGCUGGAGGCCAAAUCGGCCAAUUUGGCAAUGCAAGCAGAUCAAUUAAAGAAAGAACGGGAUGAUUUUCUGUCUAAGCCUUCAACUUCACAGUCACUCAAGGAGUUGGAGGAUGAAGCAGCACCAAGUUGUGCCAACGAUCGAGAAAUACCUGCGUCCAAACCUCACAAGGUGGAGCCCAAAAAGUCACAAAAAUCCGAAGUACACGAAACCCAUUCCAACCAGUCAGUUUGCAGAAACACCUUAGGGUUUGGAGAUUCGGUAGAGACCUUCAUGACGAAGACGAUACCAAGCGUGGAAGGGAGGAUUAACCAUUUGGUUCCUCCUGACAAUGUGUUCAGCGACGGAGACGACUCAACGGGGGUUUCAUGUGCACAAAUUUACGCCCUGAUGUCCAACAUCAAGUUGAUGCAAGAAGAAAUGGAUCAUCUACUGAGUGAAAGGAAAAAGAAGGAUGACGAAAAUGCCAAGCUGAACAGCAAAAUCAAGCAGCUGGAGGAAGACCGGAUCAAGCUCCAGAGGACCGUAAACAUCCAGCAGAGCAAGAUGGACAAGCUCAAAGCUUCUGAGAGUGAGGCCGCCGUCAAAUAUGACAGCCUUCAGCUUCAAAUGUCCGCUUUGCAAAAGGAAAUGGAAAAGCUGAGUAAAACUAGCAAGCAAGGAGCAGCCACGCAGAGCACCGUGGAGCUUCGUCUCACAAGAGCUCUCGACGAAGUGGACCGCUUAAAGUCGGAACUCCAAAAAAACAAACAGAUGCACAAGGAAAAGACUAGCGAGGAACAACAGAUUCGGGAAACGCUAAUGACAGAAAACAAAAUGUUAAAAAAGCAGAAAGCGGAGCUUAUCGUGGGAUUGAAGAAGCAGCUCAAGUUGAUCGAUGUUCUCAAAAGACAAAAGAUGCAUCUGGAAGCUGCCAAGCUGCUGUCCUUCACAGAGGAGGAGUUCAUGAAGGCCCUCGACUGGGGCAAAGCAUAA